AUGGAAAAAACAAGUUACCUAUCUACUCGACGAAAAUUGAGAACAUGUUUUUCUCCCGAUGAUAAUGUAACUAUCAACAAAAAAAAAGCCGUUUUCGUUAUGACGAAUAUAUUGGCACCGGAACAAGAACCUUUGCCUCCAAAAAUGAACGGGCAUAGUUAUACGAACGAGCCCAUGACACUCGAUAUUCGUUCACGUUACUGGACUUUCCUAUUCGACAAUUUGAAACGAUCGAUCGAACAAAUCUAUCAAACGUGUGAAUCCGAUCAAAAUAUCUUACAAUGUCAAGAAAUUGUACAAUAUCUGUAUCAUUGCUGUAAAGAUUUUGAGCGAUUAACCAAAACCUUUCAAUUCGAACCGAGUUUUGCUCAUGCAAUGAAAAAGCCGAUUGAACAUUCUCAUUCGAUUUCGAACGGUGAAAUUUUUCUCACGAAUGAUCUAUUGCGUCGUCAAAAGCGUUUGAAUAACAGUGAUGUAAAUUUAAAUGUAAAUAACAAUUCUUCAUCCCAUCGUCUAUCGAAUGAUUCCAAUAAAGUCAGACGACAGAAGUCGACUAAAGCGCGUGUUUUGCUCGAAAGUUCAAGUUUACUUUCUUUACCUUCGGCCUUCUUCUCAUCGACGUUGACUAACGAAUCAGCCAUGACACUGGUCGGAAGUGUCAAUCAAUCGGGAAAACGACUUCUACCAGAUGAAACAGGUGGAGACGCAGAUGAUGAAUCCAUUGAUAUCAAUCGAUACUAUCGAUAUAAUCAACAAAAUGUAACGUCAGAUGAAGAAGGAGAUGAUGUCUUAGGAAAGAAUCAUUCCGGAAUAAUGGACUUUAUGGAUCGACAAAUUAUCGAUGCGUUUGAUCAAGAAGAAUCUCUAACUGCCGCAUUAGAAGCUGAACAGGAACAAACGAUUGCUUCGUUGAUGGCAGAACAAGAAGAUCUCGAACAGCAAUUGAAUAAUGUUAGUGACGAUGAUCUUUUAUUAGGUGGAGAUGAUGGAUCGGAACUCGAAGAAAGUGAACUAUCGACGACAAAGACAUCCAGUUAUUUCAUGUCGUUACAAGAUGAUCAAGAAGAUAAAGAUCUGAGUAUGAUUGACUUUUCUCGUGAUGACGUUGAUUCAAAUCUCGAUGGAAAAUCUCGAACAAAACAACUUCGCCUCCACGAAAAACUUUCGUCGCCAUCACGUUUCCGACCUUUGAGUGAAACACUUCGCGAAGCAGCUGAACGUCAAGCACGAGCGCUGACCAAACGACAGACACUACGCGAUGAAAAAGCUCGUAAAUUACGCGAGUUAACUCAACGAGUUAAUGAAGUUCGUCAAUGGAAAGAAGAACUUAUUAAAGCUCGUAAGAACACGAUCGAAAUCAAAAUGCAUCGCGCCGAGGAGAAACGUCAAUAUUUACUUUUACUAAAAGCGAAAAAAGCUGGUGACGAAGAUUUGAAAGGUCAAGAAAUCGCAUUCAUCAAAUGUCUACAACAAGAAAAUCGUCGGCAAACAUUGAAAGAACGUUAUCAGAAAGAGGAACAGUUCAAACAGUAUCUCGAAGACGAACGUGUGAAAAAGCAUGAUGAACAUAAACAGAAAGAACUGGCGGCGGAGAAUCGACGAAAACAAUUAGAAGCUCUUCGACAGAGUCGAUUGAACGAAAUGCAAGAAAAAUGGAAAACCAAAGAGAAAAUGAUUGAACAACAUCUGAACGAAAAGCGAAAACAAAAGCAAACAGCAGCUAUUGAAAAGCAAAAGAGUUUUCAGCAAAAACGUGCUGAACGUGUUGCGUACCUCAAAGAAUCAACUGUCGAGCUGAAAAAAAAGUUGGCAUUAAAACAAGAGGAGAGUGCUCGACGUCAUACAACUCAAUUAGAAGAGAUCCGUCGAAAAGCGAUGGAAAUGAGUACAUUUCGUGGUCCAAGCGCUGAAGAUCAUCAUCAUAUGUCUCCAACGCCUGACGACGUCAAAACAACGACAUCCACAACCAGCAUCCUGACAACUGAAGAUCCAAUUGUCGCAAGUCGCAAAUGUUGUACAUUGUGUAAUCUUCUGUUAGCAUCUGACCUACACUUACAAACACAUCUUCGUGGCACUCGUCAUAAUCAACUGCUACUCGAACGAUAUCAUCAAAAGAAUGACAAUGGAACGAAGAAACAACCAGCUCAGGAAGAAAUUGAUCGGUUCAAUACUGACUGUAUAGCGGUUGUAACGAAUGAUGAUAUUGUUCGUCAAGAACUUGCUUAUAGCCGAGAACGAAAACAUGCGAUGAAAAAACGUGCGAAAAAAUUACGCCAUCGAAUUGAUCAACGAUCAACGGCAUAUGAAACUGAAAAUGCUCAACGACCCUAUCUGAUAUCUACACACAAAGCACGCAUGCUACGGUUUUUAAAUGAAUUAGAAAAGUCAUUGAAUACAACAGCUAGGAAAGAUCCAUUAAACACGACGAAUUAUCUAUCUUGUCAACGUAUUCUUACUGAACUAGGAAAGAUUUUCGAUACGCAUGGUUAUGAAAAGGAUUCUCCAUUGGAGCAGCGUGUUUUCUUCAGUUUGAAUGGCUAUUCAACAUUGAAUCGCAUGAUUGAAUUACGUGCAGAAUUCAAUAAACCAGCUCUAGCGCCCGAAAGUUUCAGUUUAAUCGCUCUGACCAUCUCAGUCUAUCGAGCAGCAACACAUAAUAACGUUGACAAUGCCUUGUAUCUGCUUAAUAGUGGUAAACUUUUGGUGCUUGUCGAAAGUCUCGUUCGGCACUUGACUGGUAUGAAAAGCGAUGAUUUAACUACGAAUAAUGAGCAGAGUGAAAGCGAAAAAUUGGCACAAAUUGAUUUAGUGGCAAAUUUAGCCGAAACGCUUGCUGAUUUACUGAUCAUAUACAAUUCAAUAGUAAAAGAAAUACAAACUCGAGAGAAUGAAACGAGAGAAGAUAAGUUAAUGGUGAGUCGAGUAACUGAUCUGAUCAGUUAUAUGGCAAACAUUGGCGUACUCGAUCGCAUGGCUUCAUUCUUUCGUACGGUUCGAGCAGUUAUCACUACAACGAAAUGUCGUCUAUCAGAUAUGAUUAUUCAUUGUUUAAAUCUUCUACAACAAAUGAUUGAAUUCUCCAAACCAAAAUCGACUCUUCCACCAUUCGGCCAGUCAUCGAAGAAAUCAAUCAGUGAUCCAGCACAAGUUCUCAACAUCAUGAAGUCAACAAAUUACUGUGAAAUUCUUUCAUUACAAUAUGGAAUCUUAAUACACGACACAGACAUCAAUAAUAAUCAAACUACUACUGAAAAUCAUCAAAAUGCAGCUAUGCUACACGAAAAAACUAUAACCAUCGCCGUGAAUUCAAUGAGCCUAUUGAACUCCAUUGCUAUACUUGACCUCGAUGCCUUCCAGACUACUCUCGGAGAAGAAACUAUAUCUCUACAACUUCGACAUGUUGCUAAUUACAUUCUUGCCUAUUGUAAUCAUAAUCAGUCUGCCACGAAUGAUAAUCUUCUCCAUCAAAUUAUAUUUCUGAUCGGUUAUUAUUGCGUUUUUAAUCAAGACAAUCAAUGCCGUUUGGCAUUUGGUAAUCGACCUACUGUAUUGCAACAGUUAUCAUGUCUACCAUUUCGUUAUUUUGUUGAAUCAAAAUAUAUGGAUAUACUUUUUCCAACACUGAUCGCUUGUUCAUAUGAUUGUGAAACAACAAAAGCAAUACUUCAGACUGAAAUGUCAUUAGAAUUGAUCGCCAACUUUGUUGAAAUGAAAACAGUCAAUGAUAAUGAUGGUAAAUCGGUUAUUUCAGCAUUCCAUAUGCGCUUUCCUUAUGAUGAGUGGGCAAAUGCAUUGAAAUAUUAUCGACCGACAUCAACGAUUUCGAUGAAAGCUCAAAUAGAUGAAGAAAAAGAGAAUGAAUUUCAAUCUUGA